AUGAAUGUCCCGGCGACGCUGCCCCCCGGGGUAGUGGAAGGACUUGAGACCACCUGGUCUUUGGCAGCAGUCAACGCCAGCAAUGCCCCCACCGAGGGAGAGGAGGCGGCGAGCUCCGACGGUCCAGGGACAGCGGGCAUGGUCACCAUCCAGUGCAUCUACGCGCUCGUGUGCUUGCUGGGCCUGGUGGGUAACGCCCUGGUCAUCUUCGUGAUCCUUCGCUACGCCAAGAUGAAGACGGCCACCAACAUCUACUUGCUCAACCUGGCCAUUGCGGAUGAGCUCUUCAUGUUGAGUGUGCCCUUCGUGGCCUCCUCGGCCUUCCUGCGCCACUGGCCCUUUGGCUCGGUGCUGUGCCGCGCUGUGCUCAGCGUGGACGGUCUCAACAUGUUCACCAGUGUCUUCUGUCUGACCGUGCUCAGCGUGGAUCGCUAUGUGGCCGUGGUGCACCCUCUGCGAGCCGCCACUUACAGGCGUCCCAGCGUGGCCAAGCUAAUUAACUUGGGCGUGUGGCUGGCAGCCUUGCUGGUCACUUUGCCCAUCGCCGUCUUUGCUGACACCAAGCCUGCUCGGGGCGGUCGGGCAGUGGCUUGUAAUCUGCAUUGGCCUCACCCGGCAUGGUCAGCGGUGUUUGUGAUCUACACAUUCCUGUUGGGCUUCCUACUACCUGUUCUGGCCAUUGGCCUGUGUUACUUGCUCAUUGUGGGCAAGAUGCGCGCCGUGGCCCUGCGGGCUGGCUGGCAGCAGCGGAGGCGCUCGGAGAAGAAGAUCACUAGGCUGGUGCUCAUGGUCGUCGCCGUCUUUGUGCUCUGUUGGAUGCCUUUCUACGUGGUGCAGCUGCUCAAUCUGUUUGUCACCAGCCUUAAUGCCACCAUCAACCAUGUGUCUCUCAUCCUCAGCUACGCCAACAGCUGUGCCAACCCCAUUCUUUAUGGUUUCCUCUCUGACAACUUCCGCCGUUCCUUUCAGCGGGUCCUCUGUCUGCGCUGCUGUCUCCUGGAUGUGGCCGGAGGUGCUGAGGAAGAGCCCCUGGACUACUAUGCCACGGCUCUCAAGAGCAGAGCAGGGGCAGGGUGUAUAUGCCCUCCACUUCCCUGCCAACAGGAGCCCAUGCCAGCAGAACCCAGCCCCAAACCUAUACCCCUCACUGGAACCACCACUUUCUGAAGACUUUGCACCUCCCCGGUCUGAUCACCUCUAAGGGGUCUGCACCAUCUGUAUGGUCAAGCAACUGUGUCUCCUGGAUGCUGGCACAACACCCCACCCGAUCCCACCAAAGCCCUCUCCUUCUGCAAUCUGUGUACCAUCUGGAAGAGCAGCAAAUCUCCUCUGCUGCUCCCCUGUCCCAGGACUAAGGCUUUCUGGAUGCCUCUGUGGGGGUAGGACGGAUUUCUUUGGGAACUGGGCUAGGGUUCUGGUGGUUCCUUAACUUCUGGCUGUUUCUCUCUGGGUGGAAAUAGGAAGAAUGGC